AUGUUGUCAAUACUGAGAAAAGCCCGCUUGAAGGACAAGGAGAUGCGGAUCCUGAUGUUAGGGCUUGACAACGCCGGGAAAACCACGAUAGUCAAGAAGAUUAUGAACGAAGACGUCAACAGCGUCAGUCCGACCCUGGGCUUCAUCAUCAAAACUAUAGAGUACGAAGGAUACAAACUUAACAUCUGGGAUGUAGGGGGUCAAAAGACGCUCCGAACGUACUGGAAGAACUACUUCGAGAAGACCGAUACUCUCAUAUGGGUGGUUGACGCGACCGACCGCGAGCGGAUCGAUGACUGCCGGAAGGAGCUGAUGGGUUUGCUGCUCGAGGAGGCAACGCAGCGUCUUACGGGUGCAAGUCUACUGGUAUUCAAGAACAAGAGUGAUGUUCCCAGCGCGAUGAGCGAUGACGACGUUCGAGAGGCGCUUCAACUCGACUCUAUCCGCACACACAGAUGGACCAUCAUGGCGUGCAGUGCUAUAACAGGACAGAAUCUUCAGGAGGGCCUUCAGUGGGUUGUUCAGGACGCAAAGGACAGGCUGUUUCUAUUUUAA